UGACGUCACAGACCCCCCCCCUCCCCUCGUCCCCCACGCCCGCUUCCGGCAGCACGGCUUUCAAGAUGGAGUCGGUGUUGGCGCGGUUCAGGGCCAUUCCCACUGACAUGGAUUACAAGGGACAGCGCCUGGCUGAGCAGAUCUUCCAGACGGUGACGGGAGUGUUUGCGAUCGCCGGCUUUGUGUGGGGCUACAUGGUGGAGGAGUUUGGGCAGACGGUCUACGUGGUGCUUGCCGGCUUCUUCCUCUCGUGCGUGCUCACUCUGCCGCCGUGGCCAUUCUACCGGCGCAGCCCCCUACCGUGGCAGCCCCCCCGCGACCCCGGGGAACCCCCACGAGCGCCAGACCCCGGCAGGAAGAGCAAGAAAAAGCCGCUGGCACAGCGCGAGGGACGCUGACCCCCGACCUCGACUCCCGGAUGCCAGCCUCCCUCCGUUGUUGCAGCCGUCAAAAGGCUCUGUCGGGCCUCCCCCGACAGAGAACCCUGGUUCAAUAAAGGAUGGAGCGCGUGGAAGAGAA